GUUUGGUGCAAGUGGUUGUGUGUGUAACAACAGAUGGCGGCUUUGAAAAUUCAAUUUCAAGUGGAUCUAAUCAUUGGCUUUAUUCUAUGACACAUAAAACGUAGUGUGAUAUCUUUGUUGGGUUGGGUUUUGUGUGAGCUCGCGCAUUAUUCAAUCUCCGAUUAGAACUUUUUAAGACGUGUUUCUGAGAUGGAAUAGAAAUCUACUCUUUUUUCAAAAGGAUUAUUUUGUUGAAUUGUCUUAACCAUGGAUCAAUUAGCUCAAGAAAAAGUGAUCAAAAAUAUGACUGUGAUGCAGCUAGAGUUGUUUCAGAGUUUCCUCAACAGAAUGGGGUUAGCCGUGACAAAACAGGAGCAGUUCUGGGAGGCAUGUGGUUUUGGAAACUGGUACAGGGUCAAGAAGUUCAUUGAGGAGGAUGGAGUUGAUGUCAACAAGAUAUCCUAUACGAAUAAUUCUUAUCCGAUCCACGUGGCGUCCCAGGGCAAAGCAGAGUGUGUGAAGCUCCUGAUUGAGGCAAACUGUGAUGUGAAUGUCAAAGAUGAGAAUGAGCGCUUGGCUUUACACCAUGCUGCGAUGAAAGGCCAUGCUGAUAUUAUCUUCAUGUUGAUUGAUGCUGGCUCCGAGAUAAGUGCACAGGAUAAGAAUGGAUGGACUCCACUCAUCUCUGCUGGUUACUGGGCAUUUCCCGAGGCUGUCUGGACCCUGAUUGACCGAGGGGCAGAUGUCAACUUGAAGAAUAAGGAUGACCGUAACGUUCUCCACGAAGUUUGCCGCAGUCCCGUCAAGGAUAAAGAAAGUGACCUGGGCGAGAUUACCCAGUUCCUACUCAAUGCCAAGAUUGACAUGAAUACACUAGCAGCUGCAGAGGGCUGGAUGGAGGCAGACUUCACUCCACUGAUGUUCUCAGCCUAUCACGGCCACACAGGUGUUGCCAAAGUUCUCCUUGAUAAAGGUUGUGAAACGAAUACUCAAGGCAUCAGUAAUAAUUGGUGUGCAUUACACUGGGCUGCCAAUAGAGGUCACCAGGAGAUGGUGGAACUGCUCAUGGAGUACAACUGCGACGCAAACCUCAAAGGCUUCCGAGAUGAGAGGCCACUGAACGUAGCAAAAACGCCUGAAAUAAAACACGUCCUGGCCCCUUACACCGAAGGAUUCGAAAACAUCGGGUUUAUUCGGACGGAACGACGUCCGUCCGUCACAACGGAUGAAGGCUCAGCAUCUGAAUCCGAACCGAAUUCUCCAGCUUUGGAUCGAAGAAAUGACGCUGCAAAAGACGAUUUUCUUUACGAUGCAACAAACGGACAUUAUUUAGACGACCCAGAUUCUGAGCAUCUCACGAGUACGGCCACCGAGGAUAGUACGCCGACCGUCGAGGAGAUGCCGGAGAUUCCGCACGAGGGUGACGCUGCUGGCGUCGUUUUAAAUGGAAAUGCAGAUGGCGCCGUGACAAAUCAUGUCGGCGGCACGGCCGAUGAUGAGUACUUUGAUGACGCUAUUGAUGAGGGUCUCAAUUGAAAUUGUUGUUGAAAAUCAGACUUAGUUCCGGUUGUUGACAGCGUUGAGGCCGUUUUGCUGGCUGCUGUUUUUGUUAUGCCAGUUGAUAUGCGGGCAUAGCAAUCGCUACCUAGAGGGAUUAUCCGUCUACCAGGAAUGCUGACUAUUCCAGGCUGAUGAACCCUUUCACUGCCGAAGGGUUAAGGAGUGUACCGUACUCCUGGCCCACACUCGGUAGAGGCCGCACGUCCUAGAUCCCAACUAGGCUUAGGAAAAUCGUUUUUAAAUGUGCCAUUGCUUCCAUUUCGAAGCCAGUCAUAAAGUGGAUUAGACUAGGCCUGUCCCUAUAAAAUGUCCUUGAAUGUGGAUGGAUAGGCUUGCUUCCUGAACAAUUUCACCAAUGUUUUAUUGAUUUGAUUUAAUGAAAUUUUAUUCAGAAUCACAAGAAGAUACAAAGUUACAAAAGGUAUAAAUUUCCAGGGCUGAGGCACAAUGUGCAUUAUGAGCCCUGGAGUACAAACAAUAUAUUUACAAAUGAUAAUGGACCACAUAAGGAAGUAUAAAAUAAUAACAAGCAAAGAGGUAGGAAGAAUAAAAUUUUGUAAUUUUGAGAUGCAGCGCUGCAAGCCCUUUCAAUGGUCGGCAAAGUAAUUUACCACAGCAAAAAUAAAUUUGGCAACUCUUUCAACCACUUUCUUGUUAGUAGCUGUUGAAAGGGAACUGUGACCAUACAAGAGGGCUUGCAGGCGCUCAUCUAUGCGGUGAAAAUUGACAAAAGAAAAGUUGAAAAUGUUUUAUUAAAUCUGGUAUUUUUGUGUGUUUAUGUGUAUAGAGGCAGUGUAGAUGACGUCAUCUUGACAAAAGAUGACAUCUUGGAUGUCAAAUUUAUGGCAUUCGAUUCUUCGCCACAAUGAUAGCACACACUGGCAUCCAAAAUGGCCAUCCUAUGUCACUACACAACCUAUUUACGUUGACAAGUCGGCCGUGUUGGCAGAAAGCAGAACCAAAUAGAUGCAGGAUAUUUAAUAGGCUUUUAGGCCAAGGUCGAUGUUGUCUGGAGGUUUCACUGUAAAUGUUAUGUUUAAAGGUCUUUCAAUCAGGCGAAAUGAGUAAUUUUGUUACGCAUAAAUUAUUUGAAAUUUGCACAAUAAUGUAUAUUUUUGUGUCGCAUAGUUUGUUUUGUAAAUGUGAGUGUUAGGAAAGUUUGUCAAAAAAACGAGAAGCUUAUGUAUUUAAUUGAAAUGUUGUCUAAAGUUUUUAAAGAGAGACACCCCUGGUGAGCUUGGCCUAUUCAGCUAUGACCCUGUUGGAAUUGUCUGGGUAUCGUUCGACAUAGGAAUAGGUUUAAGCUUUCAGAUUGUACCUUCUCCUUAGACUCCCGUGGCAGUCCAUUGCGUCAUCUUUAAAUAUUGGCCCUCCUUAUGAGGGUCGAGGCCGGACCACUGCAUCCAGAGUGUACUUCACCCAAGUUGCGCCAAAGUUAGUUUCCAUCAAUACCAGCUUCUUUACCUGCACAUACAUUGUAGAAUUAGGGACUAUCGCUGGGUAUUUUCACACUGAAUUUUGUACAUUUUUGCAUUUAUAUCGUGGGCUAUUGAGAAGAAGAAGAAAAUAAAUUUCUGAAAUUGCAA